GGACCGAGGGGGGAGGCCAGGCGGGAUUCGCAGAGCCCCUCGUCCGUUUGGAGGAUGGAGGCCCUCGCAGAGCUGACGGCUGAACUGGACGCCACCAGCCAGGAGCUGCAGGCCGUGGAGAUUCAGCUGCAGGAGCUCCUGGAGAGGCAGGCGGAUCUGAUGCGGAAAAAGGAGGCCCUCGGCAGGAAAAUCCAGCUUUCCCUGGACAAUCCCGGCCCCGGGGCCGCCUCCCACCUCGACGGCUCCCCGCAGGCCUGGAAUAAGCAAGAUUUCCCGUGGGCCGGGCAGGUGUCGGAGGCGAUGCGGAACGUCUUCAAGCUCCCCAAGUUUCGCCCGCUGCAGCUGGAGACGGUCAACGCCACCAUGGCGGGCAGGGAAAUCUUCCUGGUCAUGCCAACCGGCGGCGGGAAGAGCCUGUGCUACCAGCUGCCCGCCGUCUGCUCCCACGGUUUCACCCUUGUGAUCUGCCCUCUGAUCUCUCUUAUGGAAGACCAGCUGAUGACUUUGGAGCAACUGGGGAUCUCAGCGACCUUGCUGAACGCCUCCAGCUCCAAGGAGCAGGUGAAGUGGGUGCACGCGGAGAUGGUGAGCCGGGCGCCGCGCCUGAAGCUCCUGUACGUCACCCCCGAGAAGAUCGCCAAGAGCAAGCUCUUCAUGGCCAAGCUGGAGAAGGCCCACGGGGCCGGGAACCUGGCGCGCAUCGCCGUGGACGAGGUGCACUGCUGCAGCCAGUGGGGACACGACUUCCGCCCCGACUACAAAGCCCUGGGCAUCCUGAAGCGCCAGUUUCCCCGCGUGCCGGUCAUGGGGCUGACGGCCACCGCCACCCGCGCCGUCCUCCAGGACGCCCAGAAGAUCUUGGGGGUCCAGCCCUGCCUCACCUUCACCGCCUCCUUCAACCGACCCAACCUCUACUAUGAGGUUCGGCGUAAGCCCCCGAGCCCCGAGGAUUUCAUCGAGGACGUGGCGAAGCUGAUGAGCGGCCGCUACGCCGGGCAGUCAGGAAUCAUUUACUGCUUCUCCCAGAAAGACUCGGAGCAGGUCACCGGCGGCCUGCGGAAGCGGGGAAUCGAGGCGGCGGCCUACCACGCCAACAUGGAAGCCGGGGACAAGACCAGCGUCCACAAGAAUUGGGCGGCCAAUAAGCUCCAGGUGGUGGUGGCCACGGUGGCCUUCGGCAUGGGAAUCCACAAACCCGACGUGAGAUUCGUGAUUCACCACUCGAUGAGCAAAUCUUUGGAAAACUAUUACCAAGAGAGCGGGCGUGCGGGUCGCGACGACCUGAGGGCCGACUGCAUUUUGUAUUCCGGCUUCGGGGAUAUUUUCCGAAUCAGCUCGAUGGUGGUGAUGGAAAGCGUGGGCCAGGAGAAGCUCUACGACAUGGUGUCAUACUGCCUGGAUGAGAUCGAGUGCCGCCGGGCUCUGAUGGCCCGACACUUCGACGAGGUCUGGGCCUCGACCACCUGCAACCGCAUGUGCGACAACUGCCGACAGGAAACCACCGACUGGGAGGCCGAGGACGUGAGCGAGCACUGCCGCUUCCUGCUGCGGCUCCUGGAGCAGGCCGAGCGGCUGGGCGAGAGGCUGACGCCGCUGAAGCUACUGGACGCCUGGACGGGGAAGGGGCCGGCCAAGCUGCGGCUGGCCGGGACCCCCCCGGCCCCCCACCGUCUGCAGCUGGAGAAGAUGAUCGCCCGCUUCCUGCUCCUGCGCUACCUCCAGGAGGACUUCGGCUUCACGGCCUUCGCCACCAUUUCCUACCUGAAAAAGGGCCCCAAGGCUCACCUGCUGUCGGACGACAGUCACGUCAUCACCAUGCGAGUCCGAAAGCCAAAGGCCGCCAAGGGUGAAUCUCCCCGGAAUCCCGGCUCCCAAACCGCCGGCGGAAAGGGGGACGGGCCCGCCGGGGGCCGCGGCCCGGAGAAGGCCGCUCGCACCCGCGACUCGGAGCCCAAGAGGAGGAAGAGGGCCGGCAGCGGGGACCGCGCCAUCGUCGUCGACUGAACCUGAACCCGCUGCCCGAGGCGGACUUCCGGCCCGCGACGGGCCGCUUUUUCCCGAGAAACGGGCGGGACCCGGCGGGAAAAUAAACUCGAGGAAACCGG